UCUUGCCGUCUCUAUCGUAAAACCGGCAACGUCUAGCUCUGUGUUGUGAUUCCCGCCUUCACGAACGAAGGAACUCCUAUCUUAAGUCGUGUAAUAUGUACAUCGCAUAAUAAUUCUCGUCGGCACGAAUGUGACAACAUAUCUGAGAUUUAUGCGGUAUUUAGACUCAAGUCCUGUUUUUGAAGUGUUAACAUACAGAUCACUAGAAUAUUAACAACAAAGUGUGGAAGUCGUAAGAAAGACGACUUUUCUUUUUAUAUAUCUUUUUUAACCCUUGCGUAUAAGAUGGCUGUAGUCAGAUCUCCAACAAAGGUUGCCAUUGCUUCGCUUAUGAAAAGUGUUUCAGACCUGAAAAACGAGAAGAACCCCAAGUCACAUUUAACAAUUUAUGAAACACUGACACAGUUGGGAGCCAAAAGUUCCUUUCUUAAAGAUGAAACAUGUAAUGAUAUCCUUCAUUCUGUUGCCGUACCUGUUACACUUCAGGAUAUCUCAACUGGAAAUGAUAACUUGGUGUUGGCUGCACUAGGUUUUUUGGGAGGUUUACUGCAAGUAGUUAAACUGCCCUUGGAAAAGCAGGCAUCAGUCAUUGAAGUUCUAACAAAAAAACUUUGCCAAGUUUCUGAAAAAAACCAAUCAAGAAAGUUAAUGUGGAGCCUUGCCAACCUUCAAUUUGAUGUCCAGCUUCAAGAGUCACAUUUGACAAAAAUGCUUCAGGCAGCUUGUUUAUUUCUAGAAGAAAAUCCCCCUGUCACAUCAUUGAGCACAGUUUGCGAAUCCUUAAAUACCCUACGAAACAUAGGCUUGAGAAAGGAAGAUUUUUUUUCAAAAAACCUGACGAUGGUGCUCUCGGCAGUCAUCCCAUGGCUAUUUAACGAAGCUGAUCGGAUUCGUGAACUUUCGCUUGCGUGUCUUGAGCCAUUCACAGCCGAGAUAGCGAAAAGAAAACUCCUUGAUUCGUCAUUUCAAACCCUUCUAAGGAACAAGUAUUAUGGUGUUCUGUCGCAACUAGUCUCGGGCGAGUCUGCCGACAGCCUGAAAAUCUGGAGUUUCCUCAUACAAGCUUUUGGCACUCAAUUACACGAUUCGGUUACGUUGCUAAAUGAACUUCUUAAAAUAGAAGAAAGUGCUUUGAAAUGUAAAAACCCAGUCUACCGACAGUGCGCACUGGAGCAUUGGAAGUACAUAAUCGAUUGCUUCGCAUUGAAUCCGGUUGUCCUAAACAACUCCAAGAGAAUAAAACUGGUUUUGGUGCCGCUAAAAUCUACAGAUACACGCACUGUAGAUUUCUCAAUAACUAAAAUAGAACUUUGGUGGCAUUUGCUGAAUAGACUGGGACCGGACGCUACUCUCCGUUUUCAAGAAGUGACAUUGCCUCUUCUCCACUUCUGCUUUGGCAUUCAUGAUGAAAAACAACCAACUAAAGGAACGGCACUCGUCUUUGCUAACAUUUUACCACUGACAACUACCGUUCUAGCUGGAAUUCUCUCACUUGAGACAGAAUUCAAAGGUCUGUCAAUGGGUACUGUGGAACUGCUCCGUUCGUAUCCUUUUAUCAACUCUGAAGAUUUCUGCACAAAUGUCGAGAGUUUCAGUCGAUGGGUGCUGCUUACACUAAACCUGAAAUCAAAGACUGAUCACACUGCUGGCGUUUACGGGACAGCUAUAAGAAGUUUUGUCGAGCGGUGCAGCUCCACGGAUCAAAGGGAACCAUUGAAGGUCUUCAUCCUAUCUCUUAUGGAAACAAUCACCUCCAAACCAGUGUUAAUGGAGGUAGUCUUCGACGUGCUUACGACAGCCUUCAGGUUUUCCCUUCUAACAGAGCUUAUGACGGAAAAUAUGGAUGUUCUGUUGCAUUGGUUUGUUGAAAAUGAACCUCUUCCUGCGCAUCCGUUUGUUCGUUUUCUCACGAAGUUCUUCGAAGCUGGUAUUAUUUGGAACGUGGCGAAAUUCACAUCAAAGAUCAUGAGUUUUCUUGAAAACUUAUGCCGCGCACCAGAUGAAGCUUCCAAAUCGGCUACAACAGAAUUGUGGAUACUAUUCGCAAGGGCUUUAAUUUCCAAAAGCCAUGUCACUCACUUGCGUAAUGCAAACGUACAGUCUCUUUUACUUCCUCUUACGUGGCCUCCUAUCCAGUCGAACGAAAGUGUUUUUCUUCCCUGGUCUACGUUGUUGUCUGCAUGGGCAAAAGAAGAUUCUUCUGUCAUAGAAAAGGUCGUAAAUCCUCGAGGCGUAAAUGAGAUUGACGUUGAAGAACCGUGUACUCACAUUGUGCUAUCGGCCCUUCGUUCAGAAUUACCCUUGUAUUUUAAAGAAAUCUCAUCGUGGAUCAAAUGCUGGACAGAAUCAUGGCUCAAACUUGCCAAUGUCGAAGAGAAUCGGCAAAAGUGUUUGGAUUUGCUCGUGAACUUUCUUUCUGUGUUUGUGGACGAAUUGAAAGUUGAAAAAGAAUCUGAUUUAUUCAUGGGAGCAGUGAAAUCAUGCUUUCAAGUAAACACCCUUUCCAAAGAAGUGACGGAAAUUCUUAAUAGGGUAUUUGGUUCUGCAUCCGCUGCAGUAAAAGCCCCCAAUGUUCAGAAAUUACGCAAACAUAAUAAUAUUUGUAAAAUAUUUUCGCCGUUGAUUCAACGCAAUCUGCUGACGAAGAACAAGCAAAAAUCUAAAUCAUUGGACGAUUUUGUUGUCAUUCAAACACCAGAAAAGAAAAAACGUGUGUUGACGGAGCACCAAAAAGAGGUGAUGCGUGCCAAAAGACGUGCUACUUGUGGCGUACCCGCCAUGUAUAAUGAUUUGUCUCAGAGUAGUCAAACUACAGAUUCAAUGGAUACUCAAUCUGUAAAUGACAAUCCUAUCACAUCAGUUGCUUCUAACGUGACUAUAGCGAGAGAAGAAGAUGCGUUACUGGAACCUCCGGUCAUUUUGCAGCAAGCAGAGGUGUUGAAUGAAUUGCCCGGUAAUGGAAAUCCAGUUGUUGGUCCUUCGAAUUUAGAUCAACCAACUGCUGUCAAUGAAUUUUUUAAGAAAGAUUCAAAAUUGAGAAGCAAGGUCAGUGUCACUAUGUGUAAAUUGCCGUCUCGCCGAUCACUUCGUCGAUCCUUGCCUGCCUCAGCUGUUUCAUCUCAAUUUCCAUCAUCAACCGAAGAAUGUCCAGAAGCAUUUCAACGUCCUGGACCUGCGUCAAAAAAACGGGGUUACAAGAAAAAUGUCCCGUCUGAUAAUCUUGAAUGCAACCGUCAACACGAAACUAGCUUGGAAUCCCCUGUGGAAGAAAAUCACAAUAAAGAAAAUGGGUUGAUUGAUUCUGAAGUGACUCAAAUUUCAAGUCCCCCGUCAAACUCCUUAGGGAUCGCCCGGACAGUCGAGUCUGCAGAUGACGGGCUUAAACUUUGUCAUACUGCACUGUCAAGCGUGUCUAAUGAGCCGAAUGAUGCUAAAAUUUCAUCAGUUGAUGCCUGCGCCGAUGCAGUCACAACCCCCGAAAUCGUAGAGCUCAGCAAUGUCAAGCCUGUUUUAGAAGAAUCCAAAUCUGUAAGUGACGUUCUCGUAAAAGAUUGGAUCGACAGUGACGAAAGCGUGGCAGAGGAUAGCAGUGUGUCUGAAAAACAAAAGGAAUUGUCAAUAGAGAUACUUGAUUGUAAGGAGGAAUUGAAAGAAAAUCCCUUGGAUUUUGUUGAAGUCGUCGACCAGACCUUCACUAUGAACAAAGAUGGUGUACAAGUUUGUCCAAUGGAUUCCAACGAACUGACUACGCUGUCUACUGGCCAGUUAGCCGAAGAAGUGAUAGUCGUGGAUACGAUGCCUUUGACGGUUGAACAACGGAAACCGCCGAUCGAUGUUCCUGUAUUAGAAAAUAAUAACAUUGAAGGUCUCAUUGGUUCUACGCAUCCUGAAACCCUUCAACAGAAAUUACCUUUUGUUCCAUUAAAGAGCUUGAUAAAGUCGUUCAGUUUACGAACGAAAAAGGGGGCUGCUCCCAAGAGUGUCGGUCCGUCACCAACCACUGGAAAACGGGGUGCCCAUAUUCUGGAGCUGUCCCGCAAAAUUCACAAUGAACCUCCUAGCAAAAAAUCUAAGAAGGGGGAUUCACCUCAGAAAGAAAUAGGCGACUCACCAAUUUGUAACACGUCAAUGGGGGAACUUGUGGUAACUCCUGAAGGAUCUCCUGCUCGAACUGCUCCAUGGCUACCUCGCACAUACUCACCAUACGCAAGUCCCAGCACGGGUAUUCUAAAAAAACGGGCCGUUAUAGAAGAAUCUGAAGAGGUUGGAGAGGGUUCAUACUCACCCGCAUCUAGCUCGUGCAAGUCUCGUCGUGUUAGCUUUGCUGACCCGGAGGUGUCUCACAGCGUCAAAAUAUCGCCAAUAAAAAAAAGAUUAUCUAGGGCUCGCACCCGCCGAUCACUGAUAACAACCUAUGAUGAUUCUCUGAACAGCGAAGAACCCAGUUUAAAAGAGGAAAUGGAAUCGUCAGUCUCCACAGAAAACGCUUCCGAAUGUUUAGAAAAGUCAACUGAUGAAGUUGUUUCGCUCAGCAAUGACAGCCUUCAAGCUGGUACCCAGGCCUGUUCUUCCACCGCCGACGAACCUUCGACGGAUUCUUGUUCCCAAGCUAAUGAACAAGACAGCAAUGAAUCGGCAAUCACCGAUGGAGAUGAUAGCAGCGGAAUCACUGAGCCACAAGAAAUCGCAGUUCCAGAAGAAAUACAAGAAACAGCCAUUUACCCAGCAGCUACCGACUGUAUUGAUUCGUUGGCGCUGAUCGUUGAUCGAGUGACAUCGCCGACAUCGAAGGGCCCAAUUUUGACUGUCCUGGAGAAACUUGGUGUUCGCACUAUCGGAGACUUCUGUGCAUUGUCUGAGACUGAUAUCAAGGGACUUGAUUUCAAACUUCCUCAACACGAAACAAUCAAACAGUUUCUUGAGAGCCAUUUUGCAAGAAAAUCUAUUGCAAGAACAGACCCACAAAUCCCUCAUGAAGUAGAAGGUGUCGGCAUGGAAGUUAUUAGCCCAACUUAUACCGAAGAUGUGGAAUCUGGGCCGGUGGUUGAAUCAUCAUGCGGUGUCAGAACCGACGAAUUGGUCAAAUCGCUAGAGGAGCAAAAAAUCGAGGAAUCCAAUAAAACACUGGAUUCUUCUCCAAACGGUCAAAUCAUAGAUGACAGUCCUGAAGUGCUUUGCUCGAGCCACAUGAGCAGCAAUGAGAUAAACACUUGCGCCCUAGUAAAUUCUGAGGCUGCGAAAGGUAGCGACGAGAUUAUCGGCGAUCUUAAGGAAUCACAUUCGUGUAGCGAAAGCUCAACUUUACUCAAUACCAGUUCUGUUUCUUCGAAGACAAACACGACCGCGAAUUCUAUUGUAAUCUCCCAAAGUGGUGUCCAUGAGGCUGAUGACCUACUUUGUCUUUCUGCCCAUGAGAUAGUCAACAUUAUCGAGCGCCACCCCUUGAAGGACGAGAUACUCUCGCUUAUCACUAGAAAAUACGUGUCAUUAUCUUUUUCUCUAAAUGGAAAGGUAUUCCCUAUAUCGAAUAAUUUUUAAGUUAACCUGAAGUCCCAUUUUUAUCGAAAACGGAAAAUUCAUAAGCGGAAACUUAAGCCUCAAAAAGAUUUUUUUGCUCAUUUUCCAUUUUGUCCAUAGGUGUAAUACAUGAUUUGUAAUUUUGAAA